AUGGCCAAGGGUGGAAUCACCAAGAAGAGAGCUCCUCCUUCGAAGCACUCGCGCGAAGCGAGGAGAGCCACCUCACCUGGUAUCGACACCGACAAGUCGCUGAAGGAAGUAAGAGCGCCGGCAGAAUCCAUCAACCACCGCCCCUCCGUCUUGGCUAUUCACCAAAAUGCCGGCGUGAGCAAGAAACAGAAGCGCGGGAGAGCGCAAAGCUCCAGGGCCAAGAAGAGACAGGAAGAUGCACAGGACAAGGCCAUUGCAAUUAUCGAGCGCACUGAGAACAAGGUCGAAAAGAGCAAAGACAGCUCGAGGAACAUUCAGAGGCGGCGCAAGGACUGGGACGACGUCAACAAGUCGAUCCCUGUAACACAAAAUGCCUUCGGCAGUUUACAGGAUGAGAAUGAUGACGAUGACCAGAGCGAGAAUUCCGAGCUGGACGAUGAGAUGAGCGAGGUCAAGCAGGCGAAUACUGCUGUGCUCGCACAGGUCCCACAAAUCCCAGCAGCUGUGAUGGACGACGACGACGACAUAUUAUAG